AGAUUUCCAAGGCUUAUGAUCAUUCUGGACCUUGUUGAAGUUGAAGUUCUUGAGGAAAGGCUGAAGUCUUUUCUCUGUCAGUUGCAAGCAGAAUCCGGGAUUCUUGACCGGAUCAUAUAUAAAAACAAGAAUCAGCAUCGGAGAUCCUCCUAUUUUCAGUAUUUAUUAAAGGUAAGAAGAAAUCUAAAGCUUUUUCAUUCAAUUCACAUGGAAGAGCUUUUAGAUUCAUGUUUUAAUGUAUUCACUGGAAGAAAAGCCAAACAAAAGGCACAUCUUCUGGAAAGUUUGAAGAGGAGGAAAUGUGACAGUGGAAGAUUCAAUUUCAUGGAACGUCUUCAUGGGGCAGCACGCCUGCUAUCCGAGAUGGUUGAGCCGAUGCUGAAGGCAGCUACCGAAAUAUCUACUCUGCUUGCCCGUUCAUUUUUCACGGGGUUCUCUGUAAUGAUUCUUGCUCUGCUUGCUCGCCUCAGAGUUUUGGUUCAGCAGAUGCUACUGGAUGUUGUUUCUGUGUUCAAUGAAGUCUCUUCCCUUGCUCAGAAGAAACAGUCCAUAAAAAUAACUCGAGAUGGAAUAGAGGUUUUCCGCGAGUAUCAUCCUACAAUGGAGGAGGAGGAAGUUCUGGUCCUGGAGGGUGUGUGGAAAACAGAUAAAUUUGUGUUGGUAGAAACAUCUGCUAAAAGCAAUAUACAUCAAGGUGGAAGCUCAGAAACAGUACAAACUCUGGGAACAUCUGUGAAGUAUCGUAGUAUUGGCUCUCUUCUUGGAGACGAUGAAUUUGAUUCUAAGAAAGCUGAUGUAAACGAAGAGGGUGAAGAUAGUCUCUCGAACUCCAAGAGGAACAGUCCUGAAUCACCACCACCAAUGUCCAACGAAUACAAAGACCAUCAUACCGAGCGAACUCAAAUGCCUUCAUCGACUGAACAAGGCUCUGGAAACGUGUUAAAACCAAAUGAAAGUAUCCCGUUGGAAGACAGUUCCCUUGCUAGUUCAAUGACUUCCCCAAUUUCGAGCUCAUCUAAGCCUAAUUAUAUGUCAAACAAGAGAGUUGCUUUCAUAGCUGUAAAGAAGACUGCUCCAUCUUUAUCAGAAGCACCAGCUGUAUCUCAAGCGAAUGAUAGUAGUAAAGGCAAGAGACAUGAUGAUGAAGACAGUUCUCUCUUCAGUCUUUUAACAGAGGAUGAAACAAGAGGCAGUAUUUUUUGAAAUAUGAAUGUAGGAUAGUUAGCCGAAUAGGAUUACAUUGACCAUUGUGGCAUUGUAUCGCAAAACAAUAAUCAAGAAAAAGGUGUAUUUAACUAAAUCUUAGAUAGCUGAACAUAUACAAGGUAUGACUUGUGAGGUUGUCACUUACUCUUCUGUUUUUUUUAUUGCUACAUUAUGUAUUACACAAGAAUUUAGUCAAUGUUAGGCGAUGACCUCCCAUGUUCGUAGGAGGCAUCUCGUGGCGUUCA